AUGCUGUGGCAAGACAGCAGUGAUGACUCAAGUAGCAGUGAAGACGACUUGGAUGAACUGUUGCUGGAAUUCAUGUUUCCACAACAAAACGAUGCAAACUACCCCCGUAUUAAUCUCCAGGAUAUACCUGAUGUUCAGUGUGAGGCCAUGUUUAGGUACAAAUUCUUUGCCUUUUGUCUUUUCUUGAACGGCCAAGUUUUAUGCUUGUAAACUUGACUUCAGCAAGUUGUAUAUAUAUAUAAAAAUCCUCACCCUCAAUCUCAGAUUUUCAAAAGGAGAUAUGGAAAGACUCCGGGACGCGUUACAACUGCCAGCCAAUUACAUUUGCAGUCAAGGGACUAUUGCUACUGGGAUGGAGGCACUGAUGAUUCUUUUAAGAAGAUUGGCGUAUCCUAAUCGAUGGAGUGAUCUGGUGCCUGUUUUCGGGCGAACAGUAUCAGAACUGAGCUUGAUAUUUAACAAGGUAAAAUUGUUGCUCUGUCCAUUCGUCUUCCCUGUAGAAGUUGCCUGUAUUCCCCUUUCAUUUUACCAUUCUUGAAUUUGACUAGGGGUGUAGAGAGUCUUACAGUACAUUUUGUGUUGUUUGGUUCACUUUUGUUUGUUUUAGACUACGAAGUCAAGUUGAGGGAAAAAUUUAACUCAUCCUAUUCAAUGGAAUAACUCUUUAAUAAUAAUGAUAAUAUUUAUUCACUUAUGUUGUGCGGAUCUCAAUAUGAUAAUUUUCAUCUGCACAUCACAAUAAUUAUUCAAAUUACAAAUUACAAAUCUAAUUAUCAAAUCCCUAAUUACAAAUCAAAUGUUGGUUUUUGGGAGAGGGGAAAAGCGGAGUACCCGGAGAAAAACCUCUCGGAGCAGAAAGGAGAAUCAACAAACUCAGCCCACUUAUGACGCCGAGUCCGGGAAUUGAACCCAGGCCACAUUGGUGGAAGGUGAGUGCUCUCACCACUGCGCCAACUGUGCUCCCCAUUCUCUUUGCAAUUAGAGUAAUUAAAAUGAUUGUCCCACAUGUGGUUCCAAACAACCCACUUCAUAAAAAAGAAAAAAAAAACAAGAAAACAAACACAAGCACACUGCUGUACUACUUUCCAUGGAUUUCAGAUUAUGGAUGAUAUCUAUGACAGAUUCCACCACCUCUUAGAUAGUCUUGACCUGGUUUGGCUUGACCCUGAAGCUUUUGCUGAGGCUGUUCAUGAAAAAGGAGCUCCUCUUACUGGGUGUUGGGGUUUUAUCGAUGGGACCCCCCGACCAAUAGCCCGUCCCGUCCGCAAUCAAAGAAUUAUGUUCAGUGGUCAUAAGAGAACACACUGCUUAAAAUUCCAAGGUGUUAAACGAAAGAAAGCAAACUUCCUUGCCUUGACAAAAAUAUCACAGCAAAGGAGUCUCCUGUGAAGGCGCUCCAGGCAAGUAAUGCAGGAGAGGGAGUUGCGUUCCCUUUCACCAUAAGAAACCUAUCUAAUACUAUCCUUAUCAAGGAUAAUUAGAACACAUUAUUUUUAGCUAGACUUGUACAUACUGUUUAUACAUCUUCAUCAGUGGGGGCAACCCUGGUAUUUGUAAUUUAGUGGAGUGAAUCUGCAAGAAAUAAAUAAAAUAAAGAGCUUCUCUUGUUGUACUCUUUACAGAUCUGUAAAGGAGGCUAGAUACCAAAGGAGGGUAGAAGAUCUAAUUCAGUAAAGGUUGUUUGGUAAAAUCUGAAAUUCACUACUUCCAAACCAAGUUCCUCAGGCCAAGCAAAAGGAAUCUAACUUCAGUCAGGAAAGAUAUAUAGGGUGUUGUCAUACAACUUAAUACUUCAUUUACAAAUAUUUGUUUCAUUUACUCUUGAGUCUGUUCAAGCCCCAAAUGGCGUGAUAGCCCAUAUGUUUGGUCCUAUAGAGGGUCGCCGACAUGAUGCCUUCAUGCUUGGGGUGAGUGGCCUGUCAGCUAAACUGCGUCGAUUUGUUCAACCCAAUGGAGAGCCAUACGUCAUUUAUGGGGAUCCUGCCUAUGGCAUUACACAGAACAUUAUUGCUCCAUUCCGUCAAGCACACCUUACAGAUGAUGAGCAGGAAUUUAAUACGAGAAUGAGCAGAGUUCGGACAUGUGUGGAAUGGGGUUUUGGUAAAAUCUGCCAAAAUUUUGCAUAUUUAGACGUUAAAAAGAACUUAAAGAUCCCUUUACAGCCUGUGGGUAAAUAUUAUUUAGUUGCAUGUAUUCUUAUCAAUUGUCACACCUGUUUAUAUGGGUCACAGACAACCACUUAUUUUAGUUUAGAGCCGCCACCCCUGGAAACCUACCUAUCCAACCUGUGA